AUGGAGAACUUCGCUGAUUUGUUUGCGAAAGGUGUCUUCCUAGGAGGUUAUAUUAGCAAUACCUAUGGUCGGAAAUGGUGCAUAUUUAGCAUGAAUCUCUACGCACUAGGCAGUGCAGCAGUAGUGGUGAGCUCCAAAACAGACGCACAAAUAUUAACAGGUCGAGCAUUACACUACAUCUACCUAGGAAUGCAACUAGCCGUAAUCCCAACCACCCUCGCCGAACUCGCCCCCCGGAACGUCCGCGGCGCCAUGGGCGUCCUAUACUGGCUCAGCAUCAAAAUCGGAGGCCUAGUAGUAACCGGCAUCGCACGAGGCACAUCCGGCAUCUCAACAAACGCCGCAUGGCAAAUCCCCUUCGGCUUGAUUCUCGUGAUUCCAUUUAUUUGCAUCUGGCUCGUCUGGAUAAUACCCGAGUCUCCGCGAUGGCUGCUCCUCCGCGACCGACAAGAAGAAGCACUGCAAGCGUUGAAACGAUACCGAUCGAAAACCACACCCCAACAUGAGAUACAAGAAGAUCUCGACGAAAUGGCGCAGAAGGUCACGGCCCAGCUGCAGAAGAAAAGCUUCAAGGAUCUCUUUAUCAAGGGAAAUCGUGAACGUACGUUCGUUGUUGCCGCUGCGAACUUCUUUCAGCAGGCUUCGGGGCAGGCGUUUGCGAGUCAGUAUGGGACGCUUUUCGUCAAGCAGUUGAAAUCGGUCAAUGCGUUUAGUGUUACGCUGGGUACUAAUGCGACUGAUAUUGGGGCGUUGAUUAUUUCGACGGCGCUGAGUGAUGUAGUGGGACGGAGAAUGCUCUUCCACAUAAGCGGCUUCCUCGAAACGGCGGCCUUAAUGACAAUGGGCGGUCUCGGUACCGCAGACACUAGUAACACUGCUGCCAAAGAAGGCAUCGUCGCUAUGCUUCUUCUUUACAGCUUUGGUUGGUCUCUUGCCUGGGCGCCGUUGGUGUAUGUGCUUGGUGCGGAGUUGCCUUCUGCGGGGUUGAGAGAAAUGACUCUGCGGAUCGCGUAUACUGUGAAGCUGGUGACUGAGUUCGCUGUGACAUUUUCGUAUCCUUACCUCGAAACCGCAGACGAUCCCGGCCAUGUGGACAUUGGUGGUAAGCUGGGAUUCAUUUAUGGGUCGCUGUCUGCUGUCUCAGUCAUAUUUGGGUACUUCUUCAUCCCAGAAACGAGGAAGUUAGAGUUGGAGGAUAUCAAUAAAAAGUAUGAGUCGUCAACGGAGAGUGAAAUGGAGCAGAAGGUUGAGUAUCAGAUUACUCUAGAUUCUAUCUAUCCUUGUGCGCCGAUUCCUCUCCGUGUAAAUGAUGGUUAA